UGUAUAAAGGCAGGGAGUGUCGGGCAGGAGGUGUGUGAGCAGCUGCAAUAUACACUGUCCAAAUGUCUCCCAGGGGGCUCCUCCUGUGUCUCUCCCUUCUGGGGAUCAUCGCUGGAGGGGCAUCUAAACCACAAUAUGCUCUGUCUAUCCCUGCUCUGCUGAAGAGCGGAGAGACUACAACAGCGUGCAUCAACUUUGUAGGUUUGACUGAAUCCUUGAGCCUUAAAGUUAAUGUUGAAGUCAGUGGAGUCAACACCACCAUCUUUACUGAUAAUAUAGAAGGAGAUGAAUUCUUCAAGUGCAAAACUUUCCAGGUGCCAAAAGUUGAGCAAACAUCCCCUGUAUUUCUUACAAUGGAGGCUACAGGCGCAACUUCCAGCAUAGUGGAGCGUAGAUCUGUGGUGAUUGACAAAAUGGAAACCAUCCACAUCAUUCAGCUGGACAAACCUAUAUACAAGAGAGGACAAAAAGUGAUGGCUCGUGUGAUUUCAUUGAAUUCCCAGCUGAGGCCGGUGCCUGAGACGUAUACAUUAAUCUAUUUAAUGGACCCUUAUGGCAGUCGAUUGAAACAAUGGGAGAAUGUGGUGUCUGUGAGAGGCGUCGGGGCGUUCAACUUCGUGCUGUUGCCUGAUGCAUCUUUAGGGGGGUACACAGUGAUUGCAGAGAAGAAAUCCGGGGGUUCCAUCAGCCAAGUUUUUGAUGUAGAAGAGUAUGUGUUGCCUCGAUUCAGUGUGACAGUGGAUGCUCCCAACACAAUAUCAAUCUUGGACCAGACCACAUCUAUCAGUGUUCAGGCCAAAUAUACAUAUGGUCGGCCAGUCCCAGGGAAAAUAAGUGGCAGAAUUUGCAGACAAUAUAGUUCCUAUUAUCCUGGAAACAACUGCAAUAGGAAUCCAGAAGGCCUUUGCAGUCCUAUUACAGGGGAGAUGGGUUCUGAUGGGAAUUUCAUCAACAAUAUUGACUUGAGCCUGUUCCAGCUAGAGCGAAGUGGAUUUUCAAUGGGCCUUAACCUUGAUGUAACUGUGAUGGAGGAGGGGACAGGAGUCCAGGUGAAAGAAUCUCGAUUCAUCUCUGUAACCAGUCAAAUUGCCCAGGUUACCUUUGAUAAUGAAGUCAUGCUGCCCUUCUACAAACAAGGGAUUCCAUAUUCUGUCUCUAUGACACUGGUCGAUGCUUUGGGAAAGCCAAUCAAGAAUGAAACCAUUGAGUUGCGUCUGGCUGGGAAUUUUCUUCAGAAUCUGACCACAGACAGCGCUGGCAAAGCGACAUAUGAGAUUGACACCUCCAAAUAUGAACAAACCCAGUUGGAUAUUCAGGCCAAUUACAAGAACACUGAGACAUGUUAUGAUUCCAAUUGGGUGAUGCCCAGUUAUUCCAAUGCUUAUUAUUCAGCCAUGAGGUUCUACUCACGCACGGGAAGCCAUGUGCAGUUGAACGCUCCCCAACAGGAAUUGAGCUGCGGGACAGGACAAAGCUUGCAGGUGUAUUACUCCCUGAGCAAAGAAGGUCUGGGGGAGAAAAGCGACAGGAUUUCUUUCUACUACAUGGUGAUGUCAAAAGUCAAGAUUGUGGAUUUUGGAAGCCGCUCGGUUGAUGUGAGCAGUUCUCAGCGCGGUUCCUUCAGCUUUGAUGUUCCCGUGUCUUCAGAGUUGGCCCCCGGUGCUGACGUCGUUGUGUACAGUAUACUGGAGUCUGAAGUCAUUGCAUCCACUGCCCGUCUUAAUGUGCAAAAAUGCUUUAAAAACAAUGUUUCCAUGAGUUUCUCUGAGGCUGAAGGAAUGCCGGGAUCAAAAAUUAUGUUGAAGCUAAAAGCCGAUGCCAAAUCCCUGUGUGGACUCCGCAUUAUUGAUUCCAGCCUUCUCCUCCUCAACCAGAAUGGACAACUUACAGCAGAAAUGGUGUACAAUUCUCUGAGAUACCUCAGCCUGAAUGGAUAUUAUGUGGGAGGAUAUAGUGUAGAACCACCAGCUCCACCGUGUAUUGAUCCCAGCCAAAGAGUCAUGAUGAAUGGUUUAUUUUAUCAGCCUGUGAGCUUUCCAGGGGAAGGAUACACAUAUAAUGACUUCAAAAGUAUCGGCUUGAUAUUUGCUACCAAUGUAUCACUGCACAAACCGGAGGUGUGUGGGGGAGACGUGUGGGGAGGUGGCAGACCGUUUAUAAAUUUGGCACGGCCGAUGGCAGAGCGAUUUAGUAGCGUAGCAGAUGGAGCCGUCACAGGCGUCUCUGCGGCCAAGGCCUCACCAGUUGCAACAGUGAGAAAGUUAUUCCCUGAAGUCUGGAGAUUCGACUUGGUCAAUGUUGACAUAACAGGUUCACUUUCCAUCCCAGAGAAGGCCCCAGACACGAUUACCCAAUGGCAGGGUUCUAUGUUCUGUGUUUCAGAAAAGACAGGAUUUGGGUUGACCAAAUAUCCAUCCAACUUCACCACCUUCCUCCCUUUGUUCCUGGAGCUUUCGUUACCUUAUUCCUUCACUAGGGGAGAAACUUUGGUGCUGAGGGCAUUUGUGUCCAACUACUUGAAUCAAUGUGUCAAGGUCAGCGUGACACUGAAGGCAUCAGCAGAUUACACGGCCACUCUACAGGAAGGGAAACAGAACGCAUGUUUGUGCCAAAGAGAGAGGGCUUCCUACUCGUGGAAUGUGAACGCUAAAUCUCUUGGAGUGAUAACUUUUACCAUGACAGCUCAGACCACCCAUAUCGGAGCCACAUGUGAAGGCCCACCGGACACCACCCAGCCACCUCGGAGUGAUACUGUAAUACAGACCAUCAUUGUAGAGGCGGAGGGAAUUGAAAAAGAAAUUACCUACAGUAACCUGGUCUGUGUGGAAGGGACAAAAUCUGUGAUUCCAAUCAGCAUUAGUCCACCACCCAACGCAGUUGCAGAUUCCGUGCAGGGAUCCGUGACCGUUAUGGGGGACCUGUUGGGUCACGCUGUUAACAAUCCAGAUUCUCUGAUCCAGCUGCCAACGGGCUGUGGGGAACAGAACCUUGUUAAGCUCAUGCCCAUACCAUCUGUUCUGGGAUAUCUAAAUUGCACAGGGCAACUAACAAAAGAGAUCAAAGACAAAGCACUGCAGUACAUGGAUAUUGGCUAUAUGAGGCAGCUUGGCUACAAAAGAUGGGACGGAACAUUCAGCGCUUUUGGACAAAGUGAUAGUGAGGGAAGCUCAUGGCUGACAGCCUUGACAUUUCACACUUUUGAACAAAUAAAGUCCUAUACAUUGGUGGACCCAGCAGUCCAGAAUCAGGCACUACUUGCCCUAGCAAAAAUGCAGGACCUGAAAAGCGGGUGUUUCAAAGCCACUGGAAAUCUGUUUCACAGUGGACUAAAGGGCGGUGCCGAUAAUGAAAUCAGCUUCACAGCCUAUGUUACUGGAAUACUCUCGCAAACAACUUACCCAGCAGCGCAAACCCUACUGCGUGGAGCUGUGGGCUGUCUGGAUGAGGCUUCUAGGAGAGAACAAUCACUGUACAACUUGGCACUCAUGUUCAACACAUUCGCUGUAAUGGGAAAUUUAGAGAGGCGCAACUAUAUUUUGGCACAACUGAAGAGUAAAGCCAUUCAAAAAGAUGGUAGCAUCCACUGGGAGCGAACUGACAAGCCAAAAGCAGAGAUGUACCCAUUCUUCUAUGCCCCGGCUCCUUCAGCUGAAAUAGAGAUAACUGGCUACAUCCUAAUGGGCAUGACAUAUGGGCCCACCCCAUCCCAGGAUGAUAAAUCUUAUAUGGCUCAAAUAGUGCUAUGGCUCUGUCAGCAGCAGAAUUCACAAGGAGGAUACCGGUCAACUGCGGACACGGUGGUGGCUUUGCACGCUCUCGCCAGAUAUAGUUGCCUUGUAUACAAGGAAGGGGCCACUAACCAAAUAAAGGUGACUUCAGGAAAUACAGUCAUCGCUAACUUCAACGUACUACCGAAAAACCGCCUUCUCGUCCAGAAGAAGCCUCUGCCGAAAAUACCUGGAAAUUACGGAUUAGAGAUCAACGGGAAAGGCUGCUGUCUGGUGCAGUGCUCUGUUCAGUACAAUGUGCCCGUGAUUAAAGGAAACUCCGCCUUCUCUCUUUCUGUAGAGUCAGACCGUAAAAGUUGUAUUGAUGGAGUGGCCUAUACCAUGCCCAUAACCAUGUCUCUAAGUUACAAUGGCAAUAAGAAUCAGUCCAACAUGGCUGUUAUAAUCUUCAAGUUGUUGUCUGGAUACACACCGGAAUAUCAGUCUUUGCAAAAGCUAAGGGAGACGGUUUCCAAAGUUGAACAGAACAAUAAUCGUCUGGUUAUAUAUCUGGAAUCUGUCUCUAGCAAGCUCAUUACCUUGUCCGUGACUCUAGAGAUGAAUAACAGAGUGCAGAACUUCCAGCCGCAGUUUGUUUAUGUCUUUGACUACUAUGAAGCAGAUGAAAAUGGAGUUGCCGAGCUCAAACAUUCGUGUGCAGCGUAGUGAGCACAGAGGAGAACUGGAUUGUGACGAUAUGAUAAAAUCUGAAGAAGGAGAAUGUUUCAUGUCAUGCCAGUUUAUGUUGCUGCUCUAAUAACAUUUGCCAGUGCAACCAGAUGCCACAGACUUUAAGGCCAUUCCUCCUGUGCCAAAAUAUCCUCUCCAAUAAACACCAUCUGACAACGUA